AUGUCUUCCUCGGCCUCGCGCGGCGCGUCCUCGGCCGCCGAGGCGCGCAGCAACACGACAUCGCGCGUAGGAGGCCGCGCCGAAUUCUCAGACUCAAAGGAGGCAGUUGGAGACGUCAAGGAUGACCCGAACAUCGUAAUCAUCGACGACAACAGCUCCAUCGCGCGCGCGGCAGCGCAGAGCCGGCACGAAGCUGACCUCGCGCAGCACGCGUACGAGCCGCCUCGGCCCAAGCGCGUGCAGGAUGACUGGCAGGUCGCGUACGUGUGGGCGUUCAUCGUCAAGUUCGGGUUGUUGCCCCGGAUCAGCAGCCUACUGAACCUAGAGGACUUUGAGCGGAGUCUAUGCGAGCCCGUCGCGAAUAGACCAGACGACGUGCUUGAGGGUGUCCUCAUGGCGUUCCUCAAGAACCUCAAGCCAGGCCUUCGCAACCUCGACUGCACAAAUAUCCAGUCACACCUCUCCAAUUACAUCUCAGACAUGCUCCUCAACUCGCAAGAAUUUACGGUGUGGGAUCGCCCGUGGGCGCCGCACGAGGAAGCGCGGGCCGAGUGCUGCAACAAGUCGGCCGACCGCGGCCUCCUGGGCAGACUGCGUGGGCCAAACGAGGACAAACAGACGCGCGUCAAGAAGAACCCCAUCGCCCAAAUCGAGAAGAAGGGCGGGGGAAUAUUCGAGCUCGAUUGGUACGAGCGCGCGCGCCUGCUUCGUCAGCUCGUCGACUGGCAGUUGUCCCACUCUGACAUGAUCCGGGAAAAGAUCAAGGACGCGCAAGCCAAGAAGGACGAGGCAAACAAGAAGAAGCCGAAGCGAAAGAAUCCUGAGACAGAAGAGGGGGAGAAGGUGGACAAGAGCGCCGAGAUCUGGAUCGAGCCUGUUGGUCUUGACCGCAACAAGAACCGCAUCUGGAGUCUGGAUAAAUCAGCGCGUCUGUACAAGUCAGGCAACCCUUUCAAACGACCCUGUCCGCUCGUCACCAUGACGACCAUGAGAGGCGAGCUCCAGAGCCAAAUGGAGCAGUUCAAGGCGCACGGCCAAGUCGUCCUUCCUAAGCCCACAGGAUCCGGGCCAAAGGGCAAGCCAACGCAGAAGGAGGCGAUGGCGCACCGCCGCCAGCUCAAGGGCGUCGAGGACGAGAAACAGCUUGGCGAGUGGGUUGAGCAGUUCCUCCCGAACGUUGAGAAGGAGGAGGCGCGCGUCGCCCGCGCCCGCAAAAAAGUCCUUGACACCAUGCGGAUACUGCAAGCUGCGGAACUGCGCACAACACGUACGCGCCGGCCUGCCCGCAAGGUAGACUACACUUACGACUCGAUAGAGGAAGACGAAGAGCUGUUUCCUCGCCGCGGCGGGCGGCGCGGAGCUGGUUCUGCAACGUACGAGCCACCGCGCAAGCCCGUCAUCCCUGGGGAACGUCGCUCUGGGCGUAUUCAGGCGCGCGUCGAUGUCGAGGAGGAAGAUGAGGGAACCGUGUCUGCUGCGCCUAGUAGAGACAUGUCGCCAGCGCCGUCGUCUCCACGGCCUGCCGAGGUGUUCCCGAUGGGCGCAAAGAAGACGAAGGGUUAUGUGUACAUCGAAGAGCCGGGCUCGGCCCCGUCCAAGGAGAACGGCAUGGCGAAUGGGGGAUCGCGGGGGAGAGGGACGGAGAACGAGCCAAUGAUGGUCGACGAUGAGUGA